UCACGUGCCACGGCAAAGGGUGAGAUCGCUCACGGGCUCGCGCAGAGCUCCUAGAUAAAAUGCGUCCACGACGGCCGUCAGGCUGAAACCAGCACACCUCCUCGUGCCUCCGUCGCCCUGAGGAUCGAUCCAAGAGCCGGAGAAGCAGACGAGCAGCGAUGAGCCGCCGCACCAGGCGCGGCGACCGGCAGCAGCAGCAGCCGCUGGCUCGUUCCACGACCGUGUCCAACAAUCCCAUCUUCUUCGUGCACGACGGCCUAGACGAUGUGCCCGGUGAGUUCGCCAAGCCGCUCCCGCUGCCCCCGAGCAGGGCGCACCUGCAGCCUGCAGGCUCGCGGCGGGCAGCCAGUUCCACUUGCACGUUCAUGGCGAGCCGGCACGGGAGCGGCUGGGUCCUGAGGAGGGUGCACCACCACGACCCGUUCCUCGCCGCCUAUGUGGCCUGCACCAAGAGCGGCGGCAAGGUCGACGCCGCCGCUGCUCCGCCGAAGAGGGAGCAAAAGAAGAAUAAGAACAGAGGCGAUGCCGCUGUGCAGGGGUGCGGCAUUUGGAGCGGUUGGACGGCGGCGGGAGCGAAGUACGCCGGAGCGAUGUCGUGUAAGUACGGCUGCGACGUUGCAACCGCGCAGGGCGACGAUCCUGCCGCGUCCCCGACGCCCAGACUGCACCUGUCGAGGCAACUGGUGGUGAUCCCGGCCAGGAAGAGGGCCCUGCAGCCACGGGGGCGGCCGCAGGGCUGAGCGAGGGUGCUGUCCUUGUGUUUGUUUCUGGUGCUGUGGUGCACCCCAUGUAUACAUAGCCAAUGUAACGAUACUACUCUACUGCAGUGUGUAAAAUUGUGCAGAAACAUAUAUGUAAACUUGUAUGUGUAUAUUGUGCUGUGAUCCAUCAUAUAGACGAAACAUGAAAUCAA